CUAAACGCGCCUCUCGCAAAUGUAGUGGCACCAUAACCCUGGCUCAUUCGCAAGGCAAUUCGAAUCUGCCUUUCAGCCAUCCGCGAUCAGCCGGCCUGCUGUUCUAACAGUAGAGAUUCGCGGGAUCCUCUCGCCAAGAGGCUUCUUGAUCGCAGUGAGGAUUCGUGGUUCGCAGCUUCUCUUGGUUCUUCUUCUUGAUAAGGCUCGGCGCGCGCUGGUCAUCGGGCAGCCAUCAUCCAUCGCGUGCGGCAAUGGUCGCCGUCGCAUGCUCCGUCCGGCCGCUGCCUUUCUUGGCCACUGCCGCCACCGCACGAACGCACCGCAGACCUGCCCUCCCCUCUACCCCGCACACUCCCAGCGCGCCAUCCCUUGCGCGCUCUCCCCCUCCCCUCGCCGCAUCCUCCUCCUACUCCCGCCGCACACACCUCCUCCCCUCUCUCCCCCCUCGUCCCUCCCCCUCCGCCUCUCGUUCUCUCCACCCCUCCGCCACCAUGCACCCGAACGCGAAUCACCCCGGGUACGCGCAGCGCAUUCCGCCCGGGCGGGGGCAGGAGUCGGUGUGGGACUACCCGCGGCCGCCGCGCGUGGAGCGCGUGGGGAAGCGCGUGCAGGUGGAGGUGGGGGGCGUCGUGAUCGCGGACAGCGAGAACGCGUGGCGCGUGCUGGAGACCAGCCACCCUCCCGUGUACUACAUUCCGCAGGCGGACAUUCAGAUGCAGUACGUGCAGCGGGAGGCAGCAGCGUCGUCCUUCUGCGAGUGGAAGGGUGCUGCAACGUACUGGACCGUCACCGUUCCCCAGGCGUCCAAGCACCUGCCGCGCUGUGCGUGGAGCUACGAGCGCCCCACGCCCGCCUUCCAGCCCAUAGCGUCUCACAUUGCCUUCUACUGCGCGCCCAUGGACGCCUGCCGCGUGGGCGGGGAGAAAGCCAAGCCCCAGCCGGGAGGCUUCUACGGCGGCUGGGUGACCAAGGGCAUUGUGGGGCCUUUCAAAGGGGGGCCAGGGUCGUGGGGGUGGUGAGGUGACUUCUCGGUCCACUUCACCGACUCAGCCCUAGCCAGAAAGCGUUGUAUGGCAGCUGUGUCAACUUAUACAUACUAUCUCUGUAGAAGUUAUAGGCUAGACUGAGGUAUGCUUCUAGUGAGUACAACCAACUAGUAUUUGUUCUAGGUUUCCACCUCUAGUCAUUAUU